AUGGCCGCCAUCCAGCCCUCGCCGCCUCAGACCGCUGAGAACAACCAUGUUCACUCGGAAGAUGACAUCGAGAAGAACACCGGCCAGAAUGUUGUCGACAUCCACGCGGACCCUCUCAAGGAUGACUCGAGCGACUCAGUCGAGCACAAGCAGGAUGGUGUCAAGCUCGUGGAAGCCAUCACCACGGUGUGGUCGACGAAGAUGCUCUGGGUCGUCUUCGUGCUCCUUUACCUCGUGUCCUUCUCCGACAACCUCCUGCAGUCCAUCCAGAGCAACCUUACGCCUUAUGUGACGUCCUCGUUCGGCCAGCACGGUCUUUUGGCCACGACCAGCAUCAUCUCCACCGUUCUUGGCGGUGUCUCGAAGCUCACCAUUGCCAAGAUCAUCGACAUUCGCGGCCGUACCGAGGGUUUCUCCUGGAUGGUCCUUCUCAUCAUCAUCGGCAUGAUCAUGAAGGCGACCUGCCAGAACGUCGAGACCUACGCCGCCGCCCAAACCAUCUACUGGGUUGGUCACAUUGGUCUUCAAUACAUCAUUACUGUGUAUCUCUCAGACAUGACGUCUCUGAAGAACCGAAUGACCAUGAUCGCUGUCAACGGCACGCCCCUCAUCGCCACGACAUUUGCCGGCCCGAAGAUUUCUCAGUUGUUUUACGACAACUUGAAUUUCCGCUGGGCUUUUGGUGCUUUUGCCAUCAUUCUCGUCGGCUUCUGUCUGCCAGUUGGAAUCAUUUUCUUCCUCAACGAAAUCAAGGCCAAGAAGGCUGGCUUGGUGCCUCAAAAGGAAAAGACCCGCAGCGCAUGGGAGUCCCUCAAGCAUUACUUCGUUGAGUUCGACAUUAUCGGGUUGCUCUUGGCGUCGGCGGGUUGGUCGAUGCUUCUCCUGCCUUUCAGUCUCACGAACAGCUCUUUGCACGCGUGGUCAAGCCCGACCAUCAUUUGCCUCCUGGUCUUCGGCGUCGCUUGUCUGGCUGCUUUCGUGGUCUGGGAGAAGUGGUUUGCUCCCGUGUGCUUGUUCCCUUACAAGUUCCUCAAGGACCCAACCAUCUUGGGUGCCUGCUUGGUCCAAGGCCUGAUGUUCGCCUCCAUCUACUGCUGGGACUCAUACUAUCAAUCCUAUCUCCAAGUCGCGCACAACCAGGACAUCACCAGCUCGGGCUACAUCCUGAACACCUUCAGUCUGACAUCGGCAAUCAUCUCCCCUCUGGUCGGACUUCUCAUCCGCUAUACUGGACAGUUCAAGUGGACUGCUCUGUCCGGCAUCCCCAUCUGCGUUCUCGGAACCGCUCUUCUCAUCCACUUCCGCACACCCAGCACUCAAGUCGGAUACCUCGUCAUGUGCCAGAUUUUUAACGGUGUUGCCAGCGGUAUCUGGGCCCUCACAUCGCAGCUGGCCAUCAUGGCCUCUGUUACCCACCAACAGAUCGCCAUCGGUCUGGCGCUCCACGGGCUGUUCGGAUCCAUCGGUGCCGCUAUUGGCUUGGCUAUUGCUGGAGGUAUCUGGAACAACGUCUUGAAGAACGCCAUCUACGCGAACCUCCCGGAUGACAGCAAGGAUCUCACCGCCAAGAUCUUCGGUGAUCUGGCGACUCAGAUUUCGUACCCGAUGGGCAGCCCUAUUCGCACUGCCAUCAUCGAGGCUUACGCCAAUGUUCAGAGGAAGAUGGUCAUUGCCGGUUGUGCUUUCAUCCCUCUCAUCUUCGUGUCUCUGAUCAUUUGGCGUAACAUUGACGUUAAGAGAAUCGAGUCUGAGAAGGGCAGGCAGACCAAGGGCACUGUGUGGUGA